GCUGUACCUACACUCCUCUAAGUUUAUUUAACUUUACAAUAUUGCUCGAUUUUGUUACCUAUAGUAACUUCUUAUUAAGGACAUUCUGAGUGACCAGGGAGAUUUAUACGUGCUCUGAGAUGCAGCCAUGCGUGUGCACGUGCAACUGUUCGGGUAACAGACACCCUCCGCCUUCCGCUUCAGUCCUAGUCGGAAGGAAUUACAGUUGGAUGCCUGUGCCCAGAGUGCUACUUCACACAUCCUCUAACUUUCUGGUGCGGCUGUCUGAUUCUAAAAAUGAUGCUCACACCCAGACAUGUGACAGAAAAAGUACGCAGCCUCCGUCCCACUGGACGUCAUAGCUGUGGAGUCCUAAAUAACUCUUGGCAUCGAAGUUAAAAAAGGGGUCGCUCUGCUCAAAUAGUCUUCACUCGCUUGUAGCACUGGUUUAUGUUCACUCACUGGCUCUAGCUCUGUUUGUGAGACACAGGGAAUAUUCCUAUUUUCCAGCCCCCUUAUUUACGUGCAUUCCAGCCUCAUUGCUGUACCCCCGAGGCUUGGAAGCUGCAGCUGUCAGGAUCCUAAUCCCUCCUGCGAGGACUUGCUGCCAGUGUGCUUGCUUCGGAGCUGGCCUUUCCAAGCACCCUCAGAGGUCUCUCCAGCAAAACAAAAGCUGUGUGGAUGAUAUUUUUUAAACUUCUAGAACUCAGCUAACCCGUUUAGGUAUGUCCGGACUUAACAUUUAACAAACGUUGACCUUCAGGCAGACACGUGUAGUAAAGACUGCUUUUUUUUUUCCUUAAAUGGAAGAGGAACUAAAUUGGGAACAAAACGCGUGACCACGUUUGCUGUUGUUUAGCUGGUGACCUCAGGGACGUUAUUUAACUUCAUGCUUUCUUCAUCUGUAAGCUGCAGGAGAAAAUGAUUUGUCUUCUAACUUAUUGAGACAUACUGCAAAGAAAAAUGUGGUGGCUGUGAAAAGUGUUCUGGGAUCCUUGGAAGAAGGGAGUGCUAUAUAAAUUCACGGGAGUACGUUUUCAAGAAAUGAUCAAGAAAACAUCAAUAUAUAGCCAUCCAUUAGUUCAUCGCUUAAUGGAUCCAGGAGUUGAAAAAGAGAAGAGAGAUGAUGACAACAAGAAGGUGGUUGCAGAGAUCAUGGCAAGAUGUUUUGUUCCAAGUCUAAUAACAACCACUUCCUGGGAGGGGUUUCAUUUUGUCGGUCAUGAGAUUCGGAUUACUGAAGCCAUGGAUUGUUAUGGUGCUGUUGUUUGGCCAUCGGCCCUCAUUCUAUGCUAUUUUCUGGAAACAAAUGUGAAGCACUAUAAUAUGGUUGACAAAAAUGUGAUUGAAAUUGGAGCUGGAACAGGGCUAGUCUCCAUCGUGGCAAGUUUACUUGGUGCACACGUGACUGCCACAGACUUACCUGAAUUACUUGGAAACCUGCAAUAUAAUAUUUCCCGAAACACCAAAAUGAAAUGCAAGCAUUUGCCUCGGGUUAAAGAGCUCUCCUGGGGCGUAGCUUUAGAUGAGAACUUCCCCAGGUCUUCCAACAAUUUUGACUACAUCCUGGCAGCUGACGUUGUCUACGCCCACCCUUUCCUGGAAGAACUCCUCAUUACUUUUGACCAUCUGUGCAAAGAAACUACCAUCAUCCUCUGGGUCAUGAAAUUCAGGUUGGAGAAAGAAAAUAAAUUUAUAGAUAGAUUUAAGGAGUUGUUUGACCUGGAGGAGAUUUCCAGUUUCCCUAGCCUGAAUAUUAAGUUGUAUAAAGCCCUGAAGAAAAGUUGGAGGAGUGCGUGAUACCCUCAAGGAGGGCUUCGAAAGCAAAGCUGGUUUCUAGUAGAGUGUUCCUUUAAAGAAGAUCCUGGAUGAUCUGACGUAGCAUGACUUUCCCAAGGGGGACCCCCCCCGCAAUGAACUUGCCUCACCCCAGACAGGGAGUUUCCCAGAUACAGCACCUGGGUCCAGAGGGUGGCCUGUCCUACUGUGUGGUCAUUGGUUAGGACAAGAUCUGCUUUCCUUAUCCCUCUAUAGCACCAUUUAUUAUUAUUAUCAUUUUAAUAAAUGGUACUAUUACUUUUAAUGUUUAACUAUAGGAUAAUUUUUAAUGGUAUCUCUAAAAUGAACAUUCCUAUUGUUUUAAACAUAAGCUUCUCUGAUUCUCUCUUUAGGAAUAAAGAAAUAGCUUAUAAUGGGAUCUGCAGGUAAAUCUGAAAAGGCAGAUGAAUAAUGUGAUGGUAAAUGUGAGAUUA